GUUGAAAUCAGACCACUUUGAACCAUAGACUGUAUAUAAAUGACAUGAACAUUACCAUCACAUGACAGGCUGAUCACAUGACUGACUGGCUUCUCAUAGGAAUUGGGUUAAUGGGAAUGUCCUCCUCUGAUUGGUUGUGAGUUAUAAUCGAGGCAGCAGCUUUCUCUCUGAUUGGCCAGUAAACCAAAGCUUCCUGGUUGUCUGCAAAUGGAGAAAUAAACUUGUUUUUAAACCUGUGCUACGGUGGGAAACUGGCUUCAUUUAACUGGGGAUCAACAUGUCUCAGAGGAGAGGCUGUAGCCUGGCUCUGGCCAUCUUCUUCUGUCUUUUCGUCACUGCCUGCUGUAAGUUUCCUUCUCUGGACCACAUCAAACCCAAAGCCAGCGACAAGGCGCAGGGGAGAGCCGUGAUCGAGCUGCUGAAGCGCCUGAUCGGGACCAGGUCUACGGAGUUCAUAGUGUCAGUCAACAGGAGCCUGUCCAACGACAGCCUGGAUGUGUGUGAGCUCAGGUCCACGAAGAACAACAAGGUGGUCGCUACAGGCAGCAGCGGAGUGGCCGUGGCUUCUGGCAUCUACAAUUAUUUAAAGUAUUUCUGCAACUGCCAUGUUUCCUGGUCCGGGGACCAGCUGGCUCUGCCCCGGCCCCUGCCGAGGCUCACCGGGGUCCUGCGGAUCAACACCCAGCACAGAUUCCGGUAUUACCAGAAUGUUUGCACUGUUAGCUACUCCUCUGUAUGGUGGGACUGGCCAAGAUGGGAGAGAGAGAUCGACUGGAUGGCACUCAAUGGAAUCAAUCUGCCAUUGGCUUUCACUGGACAAGAAGCCCUGUGGCAAGAGGUUUACCGAGCUCUUGGGUUAAACCAGUCGGAGAUCGAAGAGUUCUUCUCUGGCCCGGCAUUUCUUGCCUGGAAUCGUAUGGGAAACGUUUUUGAGUUUGGUGGACCUCUGCCACAGUCCUGGCAUGUGAACCAGCUCUACCUCCAGUUUAAAAUUUUAGAGCGAAUGAGGUCCUUUGGCAUGAUUCCUGUGCUGCCGGCCUUCUCUGGGAACAUUCCUAAAGGGAUCGUCAGGUUGUAUCCAGAAGCCAAUGUCACCAAACUGGGACCAUGGGCUCACUUCAACUGCAGCUUCUCAUGCUCCUAUAUCUUAGACCCUCGUGACCCACUUUUUCUCCAGAUUGGUUCCCUCUAUCUGUCCCAGGUGGUGAAGCAGUUUGGUACUGAUCACAUCUACAAUACUGACACCUUCAACGAGAUGACUCCCCCUUCCUCUGACCUCGCCUAUCUGUCUGCAGUCAGUCGCUCAGUCUUUGCUUCAAUGACCGCAGUUGAUCCUCAGGCAAUUUGGCUGAUGCAAGGCUGGCUGUUCUUCAGUGACGCAGCAUUCUGGAAGCCGGCCCAGAUCCAGGCCCUACUACACGGAGUGCCCCUUGGGAGAAUGAUAGUGCUGGACCUGUUUGCAGAGACCGAGCCAAUUUUCUCCUACACCGAGUCUUUCUAUGGACAGCCCUUCAUCUGGUGCAUGCUGCAGAACUUUGGAGGCAACAGUGGGUUCUUUGGUACAGUGGAGAGCAUCAAUUCAGGGCCCUUCACAGCCUUACAUUUCCCAAACUCCACCCUGGUGGGUAUAGGCAUGACACCUGAGGGCAUUGAGCAGAAUCCUGUGAUGUUUGAGUUGAUGAGCGAGCUGGCUUGGCGCAAGGAGCCAGUCAACCUGUCCAAGUGGGCUUCGCUGUAUGCGGUACGCCGCUACGGCAGCACUCAGGAGAACCUGACUGCUGCAUGGAGGCUCCUGUUCACCAGUGUGUACAACUGCACAGUGCCACACUACAAAAACCACAACCAUAGCCCACUGGUUCGCCGGCCUUCCUUUCACAUGAACUGUGAUCUUUGGUAUGACCCGGCUGAUUUGUACAAAGCCUGGAAACUGAUUAUUGAAGCAGCUCCAUCUCUCAUAUCCAAGGAGACUUUCCGGUACGAUCUUGUGGAUGUGACUCGGCAGGUCCUUCAAGUCUUGACAACUUCUUUUUACCAGGAAAUCGUAGAUGCCUUCCAUAAACAAAAGCUGCCAGAGCUGCUGACUGCAGGCGGGGUGCUGGUUUAUGACCUCCUGCCUGAGCUAAAUCGUUUGCUGAAUAGUGACGCCAACUUCCUGUUGGGGACAUGGCUGGACAGGGCUCGAUCCAUGGCCCUUGAUGAAAAGGAGGCACAGUUGUAUGACAUGAAUGCCAGAAACCAGCUCACUCUAUGGGGUCCUAGUGGUGAGAUCUUGGACUACGCCAACAAAGAGUGGGGAGGCCUUAUGGAGGACUACUAUGCGCAGCGAUGGGGCCUUUUUGUUCACACCCUGGUUGAGUGUCUGGACAGCGGACGACCAUUCAAGCAGGACGCCUUCAACCAGGCAGUUUUCCAGAUAGAAAAGGGAUUUAUUUACAACGGCCGAAAGUACCCGACCAAGCCUCAGGGAGACACAUACGAGAUUGCCCGCAGGAUCUUCCUCAAGUACUAUCCACAGGCCUUGAAGAGACUAUAGUCAGCAAAGAUUAUAUUUUAGAAAAAACUUGUCUCAAGUCGCAGCAAGAAGAAUGUCUUCCUGUUUUCCAUGGCUAUCCAAAAACAUUUUGAUGUAGAAAAUCUGACCGAACAUUCUGUUUUGCACAUUUAGUAAAAUCAGUAAUUAGAUAGUUGCACAUGGAGUAGGGUGAAAAAGGGAUUUUCACUUUACAUUCACACUGAUCAAAUAUCCAAUCAUAUAAAAGAGAAGGACAGUAGAACAUUAAGACAUUUUAAUGACUUGCAUUAGACUGUGUGGAGGUGUUGAUUAGCUGUGGUAUUUAAUGUGCCUCUCUUUGUACUUUUUUUAUUUUAUUCCACUUCUCUUAAAAAAUUUUUGGAAAUACCCAUAUUCACUUUCCCAAUGUACGAUUAGAAAGAUUAGGAUCUCAUGUCUGUGUGUUAGGUACAGAGCUGGAGUGAGGAUGUGGUUAACCUAGCUUAGCAUAAAGAUUGUUUGCAGUGGAAAUGACUCUGUCCAAAGCAAAAACAAGACUAAAGCUGGGUUAGACAUAUUUUAAGUUAUGUCCCACCCUCUAACACUUCUUGCAUAUUAGGUUGACCAGUGAAAGAGCAGUGCAAGCUGGCCGCGAAGCUCCAUGGCGGUAGUAUCGCCAUCUGGUCAAUUUUCUCCAUUAGAGGAAACCUCAGUAAGCCUUCAGACUCAGAUGAGGAGUGUGACCAAAGUUAUCGACAAGGAGACUUAUCAGAAUGGCUAGGGUAGUUAGCAUCUUUUAGCUUGUUAUUGUUGUUUGUUAGCUUGUAACUGGCAGUGGCUGAAACAGCGUUAGUAGUUGUGACACAUAAAAUAAUGUCUGCUGUGGUGUUACAGUGUGUUUUAGCUCUCAGUAAUGAUUGUUUUUGUAGAAGGGACAUACUAAUUGAGCUUGCCCAGGAGAUGUUUGAAUAAAAUUGGACAGAUUUUAAGUAAUUGCACAGGUAGUUAAGUAAGUAAUACAGGUCAGUCAGACAUUUAAAGGGGCUAUAAAAUAAGCAUGUUAUUGAGUGGAGGGGGACUUGAACAAUGUAUACUGUUUAACCUGCACACCUAGAGAAAUAUAACAAGACUAGGUCAAAACCUAUUAUACGGCUGGUCACGUUUGGUCAAUGCAAUUUUGCGGCCAAUGUGUUACAGGAAUAUUAAAUGGUAGUGCAUUGCACAGUUUUUGCGGGCAAGAAGCCUGCAGCUGUAGGCAGCAAAAGAACCUUGGUCUUGAGUUUUAUUAUUUACGAACAACUAGAUAUCUGUUCAUGGCGUGAAAUACCCUUGAAAUGAAAUGAGUAAAGUCAAAGCUCUGUCCUUAUGAGGCCAAUGAUAACGUGUUUGAAAACAGGCAAACGUAGAAGAGGACAGCGGACGAGCAGCCUCGAGUAGCCCUGCCCCCUGAACAAAGUAUGGACACUCAGGGUGCUUUCACACCAACAGCAGUUGGUGCGCACCAAACAGUCCAUUCGAACCAAAAGCUCUUAGUUCGGUUCAUUUUCGUCGGUGUUAAAGCAUCAAUCACACUCGGGUGCGCACUAAAUCAAGUGGACCGAGACCUCCAAAAAGAGGUGGUCUUGGUCUGCUUGAUUCCGCACCAAAUGCCAACCUCUGGUGCGUACCCUCUGGUGAGAACGCAAACCUGGACCAACUCAGGUCUAAACAAACUAUUCGAAAUGCAUCAAUGCUUAAUUUGCGUGCUGCGUGGAUAUUCCCCUACAUUCAUUCAGCAGCGGUGCAAAUCGAAACCUAUCAACACAUAGCUAAUUUGAAUAUUCAAAUUAGCCAUGUGUCAGGAAAAUGUAACCAAUGAAAUUACUUAUUUGACACAGCGGAUCCAGUACAUCCGAAGGUUGUUCUCCAGCUGCAGCCCCAAAUAAUUCCGGAACUGAAUAUUUUGCCAGAAAUGGGUAAUGUUGACUAUAUAAAAAGCAAGUACCAGCGCAAGAAACGGUGAACGAACGUGUCGCUCCAUUGUGAAAGUUUAAAUUGGCGCUUAUUUCCACCAGAAGAUGAUGAAACGUGGUUCGUUUGCAUGUCUGUAUGCUACAAUGUAACAAUUUUACUGCCUGGUGCGGACCAAAUAAUCGAACUAGCGGUGUGAAAGCACCCUCAGUCAGUCACAUACAGACCCAUGUGUAGGGCUGACCUCUGUUUUCAGCCAAAACUGACUGACGUUUGAUUUGUUAUUCUGUUAUGUUAUAGGUAGAGUUAAAUGGUGGAAUGUUUUGAUAAACAGUGUAUCCACCUGGACUGCACCUCUGUGCUCUAGCCCAGAUUGCCAGAUACACUCACUAAACACAGGUCUUGGUUUUGGUCUCUGUACAGACACAAUGAUACCAAACAUGGUGACCUCACUGUGACAAGAAGACUUCUAGAAGCUGCUCACAGUCACUGUGUUUGGCUGGCAGUCACUCAAAUGUAAAAAUACUUAUGGUUUUAGGGGGAGUUUAAUGCUCAAUCAGUGUUAUCAGUUCAUGUGGAGGUUAAACAAGUGGGAUACCAUUCUGCUUCAUGUUUAUGCUAAGCAAGGCCAACCGCCUCCUGACUCCAGUUCUGUACUUAUCACACAGAUAUGAGAUUUAUAUCCAUCUGAACACCUCGGUCGCAAAUAAGCAACCACAUGUUUUACUAGACCUUUAAAUCACAGGUACUACACUAUGGCUGCAUAUGGUCAUUUAAAUGUUUGACCUCCAGGGAACCUUUUGCCAUUAUUGAAAUGGUGUUUUCAAAUGCUAACACUAUCAUGCCUCAGUUUGAAGCUAUUUUGAAUGUUGUGCCUUAUUGUUCUAUUGAACUUGUUCUAUUGCAACAGAACAAGUGGCUAGUAGCAUAGUUACCAAACAAACAGUGUGGAUGUCUUUGAUAUUGCAUAACAAUUUUCUACCCAAUUUACAAUUUCAUGCUUAUAUGGUCAGUGAGACUGGACGUUUACACGGCAAGUUUUUGUAAAGGUUUUAUGAACAGAGGGAUUUGUUUAAUGCUGGAAAACUGCUAGGACAAAAUAGACUCAUGGUGCGCCUUAGCAGAUAACUGCAUGCCUUGUCUCUGGAUGUUUUUUCCUUUUAAAAAUUAUAUUUUUAUAUGAAAAUUCCUAGCUAGCACCUAACUGAGACAUUUUACAUGUGCAUCAAUCACUUUCUGAAAAAUAUUGUCUAUUUAUACGAGGCACAUUAGUUUUAUUCUGGAUGAGAUUUUUCUUUUUUGAUGAAUGUAGAUUUAGUUAAGGCGUCUAAAUAUUUGGGAGAACAAUGAUGAUUUUUGUAGUGUUUUAGCCAUCACUACAUGAGCACAACUUACGUUCAUAUUGUGGCAACAAACGUUCCACAUUGAAACGUAUAGGGUUCUGUAUUGUAUAAAUGCUAUUUUUGUAUUUUGAUGAAUUCAACUGUUGUGAUUCUUCAUCUCAGGCAUGUCAUAAAAGUCUUAUGACUAUGUGACUAAUAAUACAAUGAUUUUAUUCUC